UCUCCCCAGAGAAGGUAAUUGGAUUCUUCUCUGAAGCAAUGAGACACCUGCCUACCUCAUAAUGAGGUGUGAAACAUCAAGGCCAAGUAGCCAUGCAGAGGCGAAGAGUGGCUAAACAAACCAUUUCCGCCGUCUGUUAUGUGUCACCACCUGCCAUCCUCCUUCUUCCUUAAAUACCAUGCCUCCUCUGUAGCUAUACCACUCUCACUUCAAACCAUACAACGCAAGCCCCCCUCCUCUAAAACACAUGGCUACGCCUCAUUGCUUUUUCAUCCUUUCUCUUUCCCUACUGCUUCUCUUUCAUGGCUCCUUCUCUCUCCGGCAGCCGCGAGAUGAGUGCCAGGUGGAUAGGAUCAAUGCCCUUGAACCAGAUAACCGUGUUGAAUGCGAAGCCGGAGUAAUUGAUUCUUGGAAUCCAAAUGAAGAUCAGUUCCAGUGUGCUGGAGUCGCUGUUGUCAGGUGGACAAUUGAGCCCAGAGGCCUUCUACUGCCAUCUUACAGCAAUGCUCCUCAACUUGUUUACAUUGUCCGAGGUAGAGGUGUGACUGGGAUCUCUUUCGCUGGAUGCCCUGAAACAUUCCAGGAGUCUCAACAACCAGGAGUCAGCACUAGAGUCCAAGACAAACACCAGAAGAUUCGACGUUUCCGCCAGGGAGAUAUCAUUGCUAUUCCCGCCGGCGUACCUCACUGGUGCUACAACGACGGCAAUGAACCCGUUGUUGCAGUUUCUGUCUUGGACGUCCACAACGGAGCCAACCAGCUUGACAUGAACCCUAGAGUAAGAGAUGAUCAAAUUCCUCUCUCUAUAUACGAAAUACCCACUAAAUUUAAGGUCGUUGGACACUUCUAUGUAGCUGGUAACCCAGAAGAUAUGUUCCGGCAACGAUUCGAUGAAACCCGUGAUCCUCGAGGCCCACGAGAAACCCGCCGCCCGUUCAUGGAGCCAACACAGCGUGAAUGCAACAAUCUUUUCUGUGGAAUGGACACAAGGUUCCUGGCCGAAGCUUUCAACGUCAAUGAACAACUGGCUAGGAAGCUUAGGAACGAGAACGACGUCAGAGGCAACAUUGUGAGAGUGGAAGGUAACCUUCAGCUAGUGAGGCCACCAAGAACACAGCAAGAGAGACAAGAGCAAUUACAGCGAGAGAGAGGAUUUGGAAGACGCCCCAAUGGCCUGGAGGAGACCUACUGCAGCGCCAGAAUUAUAGAGAACAUCGGUGAUCCCACACGAGCCGAUGUCUUCGUCCCAGAAGCUGGUCAUGUAAGAACAGUAAACAGCCACAACCUCCCUAUUCUUGAGAGGAUGCAACUCAGCGCUUCCCAUGUGGUUCUCCGCGAUAAUUCGGUGAGGUUACCACACUUGCACAUGAACGCCCACAGCUUACUAUACGCGGUGAGAGGUCAAGCGCAGGUUCAGGUGGUGGAUGAAAACGGCAAUGCUGUCUUCGACGGAAACGUCCGGGAGGGGCAGGUACUGACGGUGCCACAGAACUUUGCAGUGGUGAAAAGGACGGACAGGGAUGUAUUCGAAUAUGUAGCGUUCAAGACCAACGACAAUGCCAUGACAAAUGACCUUGCAGGGCGUGCAUCGACCAUGAGUGCACUGCCAGUGGAGGUGAUCGCCACAGCAUACAGAUUAUCGCUGGAGGACGCACGGAGGCUCAAGUUUGCGACCCAUGAGACGACCCUGAAAAGCGUAAGGCCUCGACCUGGAAGGUGGGCUGAUGCAUAA